AUGUCAAAGUCGGCCGUGGACCUCAAGAAUGAGGGCAACAAGGCCUUUACGUCGGGCGACUACCCCGGCGCUGUCGAAUUGUACAGCAAAGCCAUAGAACUUGACGAUAAGGAGCCUCUGUUUUUCACCAACCGAGCUCAGGCGUACAUCAAGACGGAAGCAUUCGGCUAUGCCAUUGCCGACACGACCAAGGCCCUGGAGCUGAACCCCAAGCUCGUCAAGGCAUACUACCGUCGGGGGCUUGCGCGGGCAGCCAUUCUCCGACCCAAGGAGGCCAUUGAUGACUUCAAGGAGUGCGUCAAGCUGGAUCCCGGUAACAAGGAUGCGCGCCUCAAGCUCGAGGACUGCAAGAGGAUCGUGCGCCAGAUGGCUUUCUUCGCCGCCAUCGAGGUGGGUGACGAACCCUCUGCCGCUGAAGGCCUGGACCUCGACAGCAUGGCCGUCGAUGACAGCUACGACGGCGCCCGCCUCGGCAGCGAGAUGACGCAGGAAUUCAUCGACGACAUGACGGAGCGCUUCAAGACGGGCAAGAAGAUUCACCGUAAAUACGUCUACCAGAUUAUCUUGGCCGUCAAGAAGCUCGUGUACGACGAGCCGACAAUGGUGGAGAUUUCGGUUGCCGACGACGUUCAGUUGACGGUAUGCGGUGAUACUCAUGGUAGGUUCUUAGAUUCCCACAAUCUAGAGACACACCGGGAAAAGGGCAACGCGCUAAACACAUGCAACCAAACAGGCCAAUACUUUGACCUCAUGGAGCUCUUCCGACGUAACGGCAAGCCCAGCGACAAGCACUGGUACCUCUUCAACGGCGACUUUGUGGAUCGUGGCUCGUGGUCCUGCGAGAUCGCUCUCCUCUUGUACGCAUACAAGUGGCUGCGGCCCAACGCCUUCUUCCUCAACCGCGGCAACCACGAGACGGACGACAUGAACAGGGUCUACGGUUUCGAGGGAGAGUGCAAGGCCAAGUAUAACGAGAGAGUAUUCAAGCUCUUCUCCGAGAGUUUCUCGGCGCUGCCCUUGGCCACCCUCGUGGGUAAGAGCUACCUCGUCCUCCAUGGCGGUCUCUUCUCCGACGACAAGGUGACCCUCGACGACAUCCGCAAGCUCAACAGGCACAACCAGAGGCAGCCCGGCCAGUCGGGCCUGAUGAUGGAGAUGCUGUGGACGGAUCCCCAGGUGGAGCCCGGGCGUGGCCCCAGCAAGCGCGGUGUUGGAAUGCAGUUUGGCCCGGACAUUACCAAGAGGUUCUGCGAGAACAACGGUCUCGAGGCCAUCAUUCGCAGCCACGAGGUUCGCAUGGACGGAUACGAGGUGCAGCACGACGGAAGGUGUAUCACAGGUAGGCCGUCUCACAACGAUACGCAUGCAUGCAUGUAUAUCUCGGGAGUGUUGUCCUUUGUCGCUAACGACUGCUUGCGCGGUGCUUACAUCAACAUCGGUUCGGAUUACAAGCUCAAGUUUGAGAAAUUCGAGGCGGUACCGCAUCCCGAUAUCAAGCCCAUG